CGCCCUAUCGCAUCAUCGUCCGUAGCUUCGGUCGCCCCAAGGAUCGCAAUCCCUCCCCUGGCAGGGAGAUUUCGUUCUCUCCUCGCGAAGCCUUUGUUGCCCGUUACACGAACCACCUCAGCUUGCGACGAGAGCCGAGAGCAAUAGCGCAUCGAUUUUAUCAUACCGAGCGCCCCCGAGAAUCCCCUCAUUUCAUCUCAUCCAUCACACCCCAGCAACGCCAUGGACGACCCCCGAGAUACCACGGCGUCAACUACGCCCCAGCCCGAUAUGACGCGCAAUCGAUUGCCGACUCUGUUCGAGGUGUUGAGCCGUCGCACGCUGCCGCCGGUUGAUUUGUUUUCAUUUUACAUCUAUAUGCGAGAUCAGCAGCGAUCUGUUGAUUAUCUUGACUUUUGGUUGGAUGUGGCGCAGCACAUGUCCCUUUGUCGCCAUUAUGUGCGCGAGCUUCGACGAUCUGUUCUCAUAGCGACUCCGGACCUGGAAAAGGGAUCUAAGCGAUCGUCCCAGAUACUGGAUCUUGGCGACAUGGACUCACGUGCGGCUGGACCGUCGAUGUAUGGGACAGAGAAGGAGAGAGACCAGGACGCCCAGAUGUCGGCCUUUCUGCGUGAAGACGUGAGCCAUGAUUCACCCGGGACUCAGACCGCCUCAAAUCAGACCAAGCCGAGCCCUUUCAGCCUAUCUCGUAACCCAACGGACUCCAACUCCCCCGCCCAUACGGUUGCCCGGGCUGAUAUCAGGGCGUCUGCAGAGAAGAUUCUCUACACUUUCCUGAUGCCUGGAGCUGAAAGAGAAAUCACGCUGCCUGGAUCCAUUACCCAGGAUGUUACGGCAUCUAUCGAAGAAUAUGGUCGAGACGACCCGGAGGUCUUUGAUGUGGCUAAGGACUACGUUUUCCAGGCGAUGGAGCGAGAUGCAUUCCCAGGCUUCUUGCGCAUGAAGGCUUUGGGCAAUCUAAUUCCACCGACACUCGUUAUGCGCCUUAUUGUUGGACUUGUUUCCAUGUUUGGAGCAUUCUGGGCUUCAUUUAUCCUCAUCUUUCUUGACAAGUCUAGAGCGACUCGAUGCUGGCUGAUUCUACCCUUUACAAUUGGCGUUUACUUCCUUGCCUCAUACCAGUAUUCCCUUGACCCCAUCUUGGCGCUCAUUGGUUUCAGCGAGUACACACCAUUCAAUUUCUCUCGCAUUCGAGAACCCUACGUCCGUCGCCUCCUGGCGAAGCGAGCAGUCAUGGUGUUGGCUGUGACCCUCCUCAUCGACGCCGGACUGUGUGUCUUGUUCAUUCUUGUUCCAGGCAAGAGGCUUUGAGAUACAAGGCAUCGUCGUCUUCUUCUGCUUUCAGACCAGGGAUGGGGCACUGUGCCGGCUUGUCCUCAAUGCAGCGCUCCGAACACAGAGGUUCUCCGUGCCGACCGCUGAGCAAGACUUACUAAUCCAGAUCACGACCG